UAUAAAAUGGCAAACCAUUUGGGCAAAGAUAUGUCAGUUUAACUUUAAACAACCGACAGUGAUUAACUAAAUAAUUCAUCCUAAGCUCACAAUGAAAUCCUUCACCGCUGCUGCUGUUAUCUCCACCUUGGCUGCUGCCAAUGCUGGUUUUGCUCCCGCUCCCUUGGCUUAUGCUGCUGCUCCUUAUGCUGCCGCUCCCUUCGCUGCUGCUUCUCCUUACGUAGCUCAUCACUAUGCUGCCGCUCCUUAUGUAGCUGCUCCCGCCGCUUACUCCGCUCCUUUGGUAGCUAAGACUUUCGCCGCUGCUCCAGCUUUUGCUGCCCCUGGCCCAGUUUAUGCUGCUGCCCCAGCUCCUUAUGUAGCCGCUCCAGUUGCUAAAACUUAUGCUGCUGCUCCCGUUUACGCUGCUGCUCCAGCCCCAGUUUUGACUAAGACUGUUGCUGCUCCAUUGGCCGCUCCCGUUGCUGCUGUAGCUGCUCCCGUUGUAGCCAAGGCUGAAGUUGUUGAUGCCUACCCUCAAUACAAAUUCGCCUACAAUGUUCAAGAUGCUUUGACCGGUGACUCCAAGACCCAAGAAGAAACUCGUGACGGUGAUGUAGUACGUGGCUCUUACUCUCUCAUCGAAGCCGAUGGCUCCCGUCGUAUUGUCAACUACUAUGCUGAUUCCGUCAACGGUUUCAACGCUGUUGUCUCUAAGGAUGUUCCCGCUGCUGCUGUUAUCUCUACCUUGGCUGCUGCCAAUGCUGGUUUUGCUCCCGCUCCCUUAGCUUAUGCUGCUGCUCCCUAUGCUGCCGCUCCCUUCGCUGCUGCUUCUCCUUAUGUAGCUCAUCACUAUGCUGCUGCUCCUUAUGUAGCUGCUCCCGCCGCUUACUCUGCUCCUUUGGUUGCCAAGACUUUCGCCGCUGCUCCAGCUUUUGCUGCCCCUGGCCCAGUUUAUGCUGCUGCCCCAGCUCCUUAUGUAGCCGCUCCAGUUGCUAAAACUUAUGCUGCUGCUCCCGUUUACGCUGCUGCCCCAGCCCCAGUUUUGGCUAAGGCCGUUGCUGCUCCUUUGGCCGCUCCCGUUGCUGCUGUAGCUGCUCCCGUUGUAGCCAAGGCUGAAGUUGUUGAUACCUACCCUCAAUACAAAUUCGCCUACAAUGUCCAAGAUGCUUUGACCGGUGAUUCCAAGACCCAAGAAGAAACUCGUGAUGGUGAUGUAGUACGUGGCUCUUAUUCUCUCAUUGAAGCCGAUGGCUCCCGUCGUAUUGUCAACUACUAUGCUGAUUCCGUCAACGGUUUCAACGCUGUUGUCUCCAAGGAUGUUCCCGUAGCUGCUGCUCCCGUUGUAGCUGCCCCAGCUGCUGUUGUUGCCUAAUUUCUCUCAAACUAUUUUUGCCAAUUUGCCUUUAAUUUUUAACUAAUUAUUUAUCUUCAUUUUGUUAUCUAUCCCUUUUUUCCUGCUAAAUCAAUGGGUUAAAUUAACCCUAUGUCUAAAUGUCAAGGUGUUGUCACAUAAUUGCAAUAGCGUAAGCGAAUUUCAUUUGUAAAAUACAUUUUCUACACUCAUUGUCAUUGUUGAAAGAAAAAUGUCAACUGUCAUCACUUGCUCAUGAUCAAGACUUUGUUAAAACUGUUAAAUAUAAAAAUAA